AGCUAAGCGUUGCUGCAAUGAGGACACAUGGGCUGCAUCUCUAGAAAUAGCGGACACAUCCUCUAGGAUUUUGCACCAGGAUGAUUCGCUUGGUUUAUGUUCUGGGAUCACUGUUCCUUCUCUAUGGACUCUUACUCCCAGGCACAGAAGGGAAGAAAAAGGUCCGUGGAUCCCAAGGAGCCAUUCCACCUCCUGACAAAGGCCAACCCAAUGACUCUGAGCAAAGCCAAGGACAAACGAUUGUUGGGGGCAGAGGAAAAACUAAAGGACAGGCAUUGGCAGGCGAGGAAGUUCUGGAGUCUAGUCAGGAGGCUCUCCAUGUCACAGAGCGCAAGUAUUUGAAGAGAGACUGGUGCAAGACACAGCCUCUAAAGCAAACCAUCCAUGAAGAGGGAUGCAAUAGCCGCACUAUCAUCAACAGGUUUUGCUAUGGACAGUGCAAUUCCUUCUACAUCCCCAGACAUAUUCGCAAGGAAGAGGGCUCCUUCCAGUCCUGCUCCUUCUGUAAGCCCAAAAAGUUCACUACCAUGGUGGUGACCCUCAACUGCCCUGAGUUGCAGCCUCCUAACAAGAAGAAAAGAAUCACGCGAGUUAAGCAAUGUCGCUGCAUCUCAAUAGACCUGGAUUAACUGUGACCCCAGUGGAUAGGAAAACUAGUGGUAAAGCACCUGUUCUGUGUGCACUGAGAGGAAUUGUCACGUUGUGAUCUUGGUAUAGUUUUGUCUCAGCACUUACUCUCAUCAUCAAAAUAUGACUUUCCUCGUCGGGCUUUACUAACACACACAUUCUUAUAAACAAGAACUGAUUCCUUCCCCUAUUGGAGCUUCACAUGAUCUAAGUUGGGGAAGUCUAAAGAGUACAAAAUGUCCAAGAAUAAACGUUGUAUGUAAAUAUAUAAAUUAUUUAUUCACGGUUAUGUGUUUAUGAUGCAGGGGUGAACAAGGGAUGACUACUUGUGUACAAAAAAGAAACCUCUUAUAAUCCGACUGAAUUAAUUGGGAAAUGGUGCAGUUUUCAAACGAUGAACAAAAAUAUGAACAGAAUUUGUAUAAAAAUGUGAUAUAAGUGAAUUCUGAGGCAAUUUAACAUUGUUUAGAGCACAUUUAUGUUAUAAAAUAUAAUAAAUAAUUUCUUAUGCCCUC